AGAGAGAGAGAUACACAGUGACACCCUCACACUCAAAACCGAGAACCAGAAACUCUUGAAAUCAACCAACGAUUUCACGUCAUUUUGUGAUCUUGAAAAUACUCAAAGUCUUAUAAGAUCAGAUUCGUGAGGAAAAAGAGAGUGGCUUUUACGUUUCAUUCUUUUGGUGGUAAACAUGAGUCACCGAAAUUGGAAUUGGAAAACCCUUUUCUCUGGCAUAUUCCUGAUUUUGAUCGUCUGCAGUAGCUGUGCUAUCUAAAACUUACAGAUACUUCUAUGGACAAGGAUCCUUAUUGUCUCAUAGAUUACAGAAACGGCGACAUCCAUGAUUUAGCUAAUAAAAAACAGGAUCUUGUAGAGAUGGAAGUCCAUAUUAAUGGCGACAUCGAUUGCCAUGUAGCAGAAGAAAAUGUCGAGUUAAAGGAUUAUGAAGUAAAAGAGUGCACUACAGAAAAUUUGGUGAAGACUCCUGGGGCUAAUCAUGUUGUAAAUUGUGACAAGGAGCAAGAUGUGUUGUCCAGUAAAAUUAAGAACUUAACUGGUUUAUCUGGGGAGAAAACAAAAGAACCCGAAGAGCAGAAGAUUGGCAAUCACAAGAAGCUCAGUACAAGUGAGAAACCGGCAGCAAGAUCUGCUGCAACACGAAAUGUGAAAAACCAUACUGUUCCGCAGCCAUUUGCACUGGCAACUGAAAAGCGUGCUUCGUCGGGAGCUCGUCCUGUUGGGUCUGAAACUUCUGCCGUUGUAUCAAAGAAAUCUUUUAAUGUGUCUGAUUUGCAAAAUCUCAAUGCUGUGAAGAAACCUCAGCAGCUAAAAUCACCUGUGAUAUCUAAGAAAAAGCCAUUGCAGCCUGAAAACAGUAAACAUGGCGAUGAAGAUGAUGCUUGUUCUGUUGCAUCCUCAAAUGCAGCAUCAGUGCAGACAGUAAAGUCGAGGGUGAUUAGUGCAUCAGUUCCUGUAUUUAGAUGCACGGAUCGUGCUGAAAAAAGAAAGGAGUUUUAUUCGAAGUUGGAGGAAAAACACCAAGCUUUAGAGGCAGAGCGGAACCAAUGUGAAGCUAGGACCAAGGAAGAGCGAGAGGCUGCUCUCAAGCAGCUUAGAAAGGGCUUGACGUUUAAAGCUAGUCCUAUGCCCAGCUUUUAUCAUGAGGGACCACCUCCUAAAGUCGAAUUAAAAAAGAUGCCACCAACUCGUGCAAAAUCUCCAAAACUAGGUCGAAGGAAAAGUUGCAGUGAUGCAGUCAAGUCAUCACAUGGAGCUAACGGAAUAUUAUCUCAUGAUCGAGCGAAUAGGCAAAGUCUGGAUACUUGCCAAGAAGAUACAAUCACUAGUCCUAACAGCAGUAGUAAGUUUCAGAUCAAUGGACAUGAUGUUAGUGGGAGUCGCGGACUGAAAGGAGAACAAAAACCAGUUAGAGGGACCCGGAAAUCAGCUCCUCCAAAGAUGACUGGGCAAAGUAAUGUGGACAUCACAGUUCAGUCUUGACUCCUUAGUCCUUCAGUAAGUUAUAUCUAAUUUAGAAGAAAAGGAAAAAGCAAAUGUUUGUUUUCUUUCUUGAAUUUCCAUGGCUUGCUUUCUUUUCCUUUUUUCUCUUUUAACUUUUGUUGUUGUUGUUAGUGGUAUUCUGGUUCUUGAUGAGAAAUGUCUUGUUUUUCUUACAUGUGCAAGAACUUCUUAUGUUGUUUGUGGGACAUUUGAACUUUGAAGUGUAAAUUUUCUGUAAGUUAUGUGAAACAUAUGAUUUAAUACCACAUUAUAUCGAUAUUUAUACA